AUGCACAUCGCGCGGCUUUAUACGAUCCAAAUCUUCAAGGCCUACAAUGGGCUUGCGUUUAGUGCAGACUACAGCAGCCAUGAUGGCAAUCAAAAAGAGAUCGAAUACCAUGUCAAGGGCCGUGUCAUUAUUGACACCAAGGCAUACAACAUGUUUCAUUCUGGCCCUAUCGAAAUCGACAGCGAGAUUGAUGAAGAGCUGGUUGAUGCUCAGUAUCUCAUUGCUACUCUAACAGUCUAUGGAUAUUUUCCGAAGGGCAAGAAAUGGCUUUCAUUCCAGGUAGAUGAUUUGACGGACAUUGAAUGGAAGGAGCAGCCCUUGGAGUCUCUAAUCCUACCACAGCAGCAAGGUCUCAAGGACGUGAUUUUGGCCAUUGCAAACACCCAGUCCAAUAAAUUGAAUGUCUUCGAUGAUUUUAUCGGAAGGAAGGGAAGGACUGAUCUAGCUCAUGCUCCAAACGUUGAAGCCAACUUGACAGCCAUCACGGACAUGGCUCGCAAAUUGGGGACUAUCGUGUUGUUUGAUAGAGCUGAUGUCUUCAUGGAAGUGUCUUAUAAACCCAGUCCAGCUCGCGAUGAGAUGGUCGCGAUUUUCUUGAUGAUGCUGGACUAUGAGGCAACCGAGUACACACUGUCGAAUUCGACGGAAGAUGUUGAGUCUCGAAUUCACCGUUAUCUUGGCUUCGGAACCCCCGAUGCGGAGAUUAGCCGUCAGAUCUGGAUACAAUUCCUACGCCGCUUGUCGAGCCUUGCGUCUUUCACGGAUGAGGAAAUCGACCAGCUGGUCAGGAACCAAUUGAACGGCCGCCGUACCAGGGACGUGGCCAAGGCGGCUGGUCUUUUAGCCCGGUCAAAGGGGACACCCGCCAAGGAUGUUUUGGUGAGACAUGGGGGCUAG